AUGGAGAGGGGCGCAGCAUUAGCUGGGUGGUCGAAUGAUAUAUCAUUAGAGAAUGAUACAAACGAUGAUGGAUCCUCUCAUCUUGAACAGACGGGAGAAUCGAGUCGGGCCUACCUAGGCUCUGAGGCGGCUGUUUCAUCUCCAUCUUCUGAAGAAGACUCACCCGAAGAGCAUAUGCUUGAUGACGACGACAAUCAAUUCUACGAUGAUGAUGCUUUUAUGUCGAGGAUUGCACGCAAAGGGAAGAAAUCACGCUAUUCUUCCCAUAGAUACGAUGAUGAUGAUGCUGUGGCAAACAGAGGUCCCAAGCGCGGGCCCCUAAAGCCAGUGGAACCGAGCCCGGAGUUCAAAAAUUUACAGUCCGAAGCUACCUCUGCUUUCAUUGACGCAGAUUACGACCGUGCUCUUAUGCUGGUGAAACAGGCUAUUCGUCUAAACCCUGAGAUUUUUCAAGCUCAUGUAUUACUUUCGGAGAUUUUCCUAGCUCAGGGCCAAAAAAAGAAGGCAUUAUUUGCAUUGUUUACAGGAGCUCAUACCCGAAGAAAUCCAGAAGUCUGGCUCGAGGUUGCUAACCUAAUCUUAGAGAGAGCUGACGAGGACCGAGCCGCCGCUUUGGAUGAUGUUCUUUAUUGCUACAGCCGCGUGAUUGAUAUCGAUCAAAAGCGAUAUGACCUGCGCUUUGAGCGAGCUGCAAUAAAUGAAGAACUAGGCUAUAAGGGCAAGGCUGCACAAGAAUAUGAAAAAAUUCUUGAAGCCCUACCUCAUAACACGAGUGCACUUCGACCCCUUGCUGCGCUUUACAUAGAACUAGGGGACAUAGGGAAAGCUAAAUCUCAAUAUGAGAAGUGUAUAUCGCAUUACAUGAAUCUCAGCUUGGACGAAGUUGAAGAGUUCAAUUGGUCGGAUGUGAACAUAUAUGUCGAGCUGUUCUCAUACGACCACGACUAUCAGCAGGGCAUAUCGUCCCUAAAAGCGUUAGCUAGGUGGCUAUUGGGGCGUAAGGGAGAUUCCGGCUGGGAUUUGAUUGACGAUGAUCGUGAGUGGGACGCAGAGGACUACCCACGACGGACCACAACGCCCUGGUUUGUCCAAGGCCAAUACCCCGUGGAAUCGUAUGGAAUCGGACUGCCACUUGAACUACGGAUAAAGCUUGGGGUUUACCGUCUGAAAAUGGGGUAUAAGGACGAAGCGCUGUUCCAUUUCCAUUGGCUAGAGCCAGAAGAUAAUUCACUCGGUGCAAAGCUGUUCGAUUAUGGCGACCUUUUCAGAGAAGCGGCUGAUGCUAUUAAGGACGCCCAACUGUAUGAGGACGCCCUUCGAUUUUACAUUCCCCUCCAACAUGUCCAACACUUUGCGAAUACCAGCCUUUUCUUGGCCAUGGCCGAGUGCUAUGACGCCUGCGGAAAUGAAGAAGAAGCUGAGAGAUGCUAUCUAACAGUGGCUGAAUAUGACAAAACGAAUAUAGAGGCACGGACUAAAUUGGCUAGGUUUUAUGAGAAGAUAGGCAUGACAGAACAAGCUCUUAAGUAUGUGACGGAGGCGGCGGAUAUUGGUCGAGAGGAAGCGAUGUCACGCCGAAAGCCGAGAUUUGGGCCAAACAUAGGGCAACUAGCAAGUUAUUUUCGGACCGCGGAGCAGGGGGUUCAUGGAACAGGGAAUCUAUCUGCUCAUGAUAACUCUCUGUUUCCAAUAACUGAAAACUAUGCUUCCGCGGAAGCAGGUGCCCCCAUUGGCUUUAUCGCGUCCUCCGCCACUAACUUACCAAGGGAGCGGAGAGGGGCUGAAAGAGCCUCGCUGCAACCGGACGGCGAAAAUGCGCGGUAUCUAUACACGAAGCUGUUAGAAUUGCAGCCAUAUAUGCGGGAAGGACAAAAAGCUGCUACGGAAGACUGGCUUGACAUUGCCUACGCUUUAAUAUGGGACUUUCGAUCUAAUCGAGUGUUUUUCCCACUACAAAAGAAUAUGACGUUUUUAGGAUAUUCUAGAGAAGCACAGCGCAAGGCCGGGAGAUUGAAGUCAACAACGCUCCUGGACGAGCUACAGGAGAUCUCUGACCGCAUCCAGGCUAACAUGGGAACUCCUGACGUUGAUAUCAAUUCUAUUCCCAAUGACUAUCACGGCAUACCUUUCGAUGCAUGGUUGGAUAUAUUUCUUGAGUUCGCCCUCGUACUAUCUGGUCAGGGCCAAGGCGGUGAGGCAUAUGAUGCCUUGGGCGCAGCAGCUGAUGCAAGUAUAUGGUAUCAUUCUAAACCGAGUACAUGCCAAAUCCACGUCUGCUGGUUCGCUUGUGCUCUCCGGCUUAAGGACGAAGAAGGGCUAUCUAACAUCGCACGAUGGUUUAUGAAAGAGUACCAGUUCGUCACCGACGUGUAUCGGCUCUUCGUGAUCCUAAGCAGGGUCUGCGGUAACCCUCAGAGGUCAUUAUUCCAUUCAUCGCCUAGCAUGAAGUUUAUGCUUCGACAAGUCAAAGCAAUUGACUAUUCCCUUCCUCCGGAUCCCACAUCUCCAUUCAAACGGCCCCGCGAGUCUAUAUUCCAAGAACGUGCAAGUCUCACUACAAAAGAUGCUGAGGGUGAACUUGUACCUGCUGAGGAAAUGGAUGUAGCCUUGUUGGUGUUGUACGGGCACAUCCUUUAUGCUGGAAACAGUUUCACAAACGCUCUAAACUAUUUCUUCCGUGCAUAUGCACUUGACCCAGAGAAUCCAGCUAUUCUACUAUCCAUUGGGCUUAGCUAUAUUCAUCAUUCUCUGAAGCGGCAGUCAGACAAUAGGCACUAUCUUGUCAUGGAAGGGCUAUCGUUUAUGCAGGAAUAUCGGCGCGUUCGUUCGCAAAGCUCGAUAAUACAAGAAAAACAAGAGGUAGAAUUCAACUUUGCCCGAGUUUGGCAGCUGCUAGGGAUAAGUCACUUGGCUGUUGAAGGCUACCAUAAAUGCCUAGAACUAGGGGAAGAGAUUGAAUUGGAGCGACAAAAGGUCCAGGAACCCAGUCAGGUUGGUGGCAUACCAGGAGCUAACCAGCGGGGCGAGGUCUGGUUAGAAGAUUUCUCUCGACAAGCGGCAUACGCAUUGCAAUGUCUUUAUUUACAGUCAGGCGAAAAGGAAAUGGCUAAAAGGGUUACGGAGCGAUGCCUUGUGAUUUGA